AUGCCGACGCCCGCGACGUCGCUGCCGCUGCAGCCGCGGGGGAAUCCGCCUGCUGCUUCCCGGGAUGGGCUCUGCAAAGAAAUGCUGAUUACUGUACAAUCCCAGAAACAAAAGGGGCAGCCGGAAGCGGGCGGCUGGGUGUCCUCCAGCGCGGUGAGCUGUCACCCUCUGGGCGCAGCUCGUGAGUCAGGACAUGUGGGGCUGCUGGUGCUGCUGAGUCAUGAGCUGCCCCUGCCCCACGUGGCGCUUUCAUGUGGCUCCCUCACAAACCCGCCUUUCCUUUUCAUCCCGGGACAAAGGCCCGAUAAAGGUCCUAGUUGGGUGUUUUAUGCUAAUCUUGUCUUUUAUCUUUCCUUUCUUAGUCACAUAGAAAAAAUUACAACAUGGCAAGAUCCUCGAAAAACUAUGAACCAGCCGCUGAAUCACAUGAACCACCAUCCUGCAGCUACUUCCACACCGAUGCCACAGAGGUCCAUGGCAAUGUCCCAGCCAAAUCUGGUUCUGAACCAGCAGCACCAGGGAGCGGCGGUGCCGCAGCAGAGCCGCCCGGCGCCGCAGCCUCAGCCCGGGCUGCUGGGCUUGCCCAGCGCCCUGACCGCCCAGCAGCAGCAGCAGCAGAAACUGAGGCUCCAGAGGAUCCAGAUGGAGAGGGAGCGCAUCCGGAUGCGGCAGGAGGAGCUACUGCGGCAGGAAGCUGCGCUAUGCAGACAGCUUCCCAUGGACUCCGAAAACAUGGCCCCAGUUCAGACUGCUGUGAACAGCCCUGCAAUGACACAAGAUCUACGGCCUAUUACGAAUAACGGAUCAGAUCCCUUCCUGAACAGUGGCCCGUACCAUUCCAGGGAACAGAGUACAGACAGCGGCCUAGGCCUGGGAUGCUACAGUCUACCCACAACACCGGAGGAUUUCCUCAGCAACGUGGAUGAGAUGGAUACAGGAGAAACUGUGGCACAGACAACAAUGAGCAUAAAUCCACAACAGACACGCUUCCCUGAUUUCCUCGACUGUCUUCCAGGAACAAAUGUUGAUCUUGGGACUUUGGAGUCAGAAGACUUGAUUCCUAUCCUCAAUGAUGUGGAGUCAGUACUUAACAAAAAUGAGCCCUUCCUUACUUGGCUGUAACCAUCCAUUAUUUAAGGCCAGUUCAGUCCAUAAUGCAAUUCAGCAUUUCCUUUUCCUCUUGAAACAGAGGUAGAGCAUCUGAAAAUCCUCAGAGAUGCAACUUGCUGCCUUAAUGACUUCUGUUAGAUCAAUUUAUGGUCAGUUUAAUCUCUGCCUGGAUUUGGUUGACAGUAACUUAAAUAUAAAAAUAUAUAUAAGUAUCUAU